AUGCUUCGAACCCAAUAUCUUCUUGCAUUUCUCAUUUAUUACGUGCUUGCCGAAACUAGGAUCCAAAAAGCUGAAGUUGGACAACGAGUUGUUCUUGACAUUGGACAAUAUGUGAGCAGAUGGAGACGUGUUCGCGACUAUGAAACAGAUGAAUUUAUCAGACACUGCUCAGAAUUUGAAACAGAAGAAAGUUGCCAAGGAUUUGUUAACGAUGACGGUGAACCAGUUGAGCCGCCAUCUAAUGCAUAUGUUGAUGAAAACGGCAGGUUAAUCUUUCACUCAUUUCUGGAAACGGACGCAGGUUUCUACAUGUCACCUGAUGAAAAAGCUGUGGAAGGCUUUUUUCCCCUUGACAAGAAUCGUAAAACUUUCAUCUCUUUGGAAGUGAUGAAAUAA